AUGUUUUCGUCCGUGUUCGACAAGGUUGUGUCGGCGACUGCACCUGACACCUUGGGCACUUUCCCACCUCGCGGCGAUCUCCCGGCAUCAUCCUCAACGCUAUGUUGUCUGAGCUUCGCAGAUCGGUUCAUAUCGCACUACCCCAUAGCUCGAAACGCAACGGUCGAUGACGUCGUCGAUGGUGGUAUACUACUGGGCCGUACUGGGCCUACCACCGGGAUUGCGAUAUCUGCCGGUGAUGUCGAAACCAUCAUGGGGAGUGCCGCUGAGCUCGGGGGACGGCUUGCUGCAGCCCUUGCCGGGACUGUUAGAUCCAAACGAAGAGACCUCGCAACAGCUCCUGUCUCUGACCUUCUGGCCAAGGUUCGGGGGAUCUUCGGGAACCGCUUAACGUGCAUCGGACGGGAGAUACGGGUGUCGCGAAAUGCCGAGGCGGAAAAAGACGAGACUCUCUUGCUGCGACAGAUACACGCCCUCAAGAACGCCGCUCUGGAGUCUUGCAACCGCGAGAAGUGGUGUUUUCUCGUCAGUUCUGGUGGGGAGAGCUUAGUGGUGUGCUCUGUUCCUCUGCCAGCGGUGGAGGAGGGAGGGUCGUGUGGGUGCGACUUUCUAGUAUUUGACCCGUGGCCACGGCCUGCAAUGAAGUUGCGCGGGUCGUACAUCGUGAAAUUCACUACUGUCAGGGGUCUCCAGCUGCAUCUCCUGUCGGCGUUGGGGGAAAUCUGGAGAAGCAGCGGCCGGUCGCAGGAGGAUGGCGCGUUGAAGAAGGAAUUGGUGGGUCUAUCGGUGGUGAUGAGAGCGAAAGGGAGGGGAGCAGAACAGCACGAGGUGGACUUGGCUGCGAGGCGCAUGCUGGAAGACAGCGUCACGGCUUUGCGGAAGGCCGAGAAAGCUGCGGCCAUCAAAAUAAAGCGGCAAGAGGUAGAGGCUCUCCGAAAGGCGCUACGAAAACCAUCGCAACAACAGCACCUGGCUCCCUCCGCGCCUAUAUCGAUUGGCAUGUUUGGAUCAACCGAUGGGGCAAGUGGGCUUGAGAACGUAGACAAAAGAAACAAUCCAUCCACGGGGGGACGAUUGUUUCAACGAAGCGUGCACAGCUACCGUCAUCUGGAGCAACCUGACGAAAUCUCGGAGCGAUCCAACCUUCUUGCCGAAACAUCACCCCCUGGCGGUGGUGGCGCAGGAGCUCUAAACCCACACCGUGAAGAUGUGGCUGGGAAUGUCGCUGAAGGAGUAACACCGGACAUGUUGCACUCAAUCUCGCUCGAAGCUGGGCUCGACGACCGACGAGCAGCCGACGACGGGAAUGUAAUCUCGACCUCUCGCGAUUCGUCGGCCGGCCGACGGAACCUUCGUCCUCCGGCAACGGACGUUUCUCCACCUCUCUCUUUGCGGAGAUCGCAGAGGGAGGAGGACCGACGACGACGUUGGUCCGAGGAGGAUGACACUAUUCUCCCUGUCGACAGCGGACGUAGCCGUGGCCUAGGCGUUGCGACAGCGAGAGAGACCCCUGCGACAGCCUCGAAGAGAGAACAAGAAGUCUCACUGCCUUCGACCGGGAACGCACACAACGAAACGGCCAAGCGUCCUAGAGACAGAAGUAUUGAUAAAGGCGUCUGCCUGCCGAGUCGUCCCGGCACCACGACGGUCCGCGACGACCCCCUGCACCGUGCCCUCCUUCGGUCGAUCGAAGGCGAGGGGCUGGCGGAGUACAGCAGGCGCGCCUACAGCGUCUAUCGGACACACGGGGUCAUUCAAGACAGGACAGAGCCCGACGAGUACCUGGCACCCGAGACUAAAUCAUUCCACCAGCUAUCACGGUCGGCGAAUCAGGUCUACGACCACCGAGCGACCACUUCGCCAGCCACCGACGAGUUAGACAUGAUGGCGUCGUCGUCAGAGAAAAAUUCAGACGGAGCGGGUACCACGGCAUCGGUUGCAGUGGAAGCCGACACAAAAGAAUUGCGGGGAACGGAGAGUGGUCCAGUAGGCAUGGAUAUUCGCUCCGACCCGGUCACGCCCUUUUCUCCUCCUCCUGUUUCUCCACAACUCCUCCGGCCAACCGGCAGGCGGUCGCCUCCAACAAGUGACGAAAAGAGAACCGCUUUCGCCGCAACAAGCGACAGUGAUCGCCAAAACCUCGGUGUCUGUGAGGCCGCCGAUGUUGCGUCACACAUCACCAAAUCGGAGAAAACGACACCGCCGUCAGAGGGACUCCGGUCAGGACUUCGCGCCCCGCGAGCCGGUCGGAAUUUGGGAUUGACUUCUUCAGAUGCCCGCCGUACUCCCGGCGACCACCGUGAAGGACGGCUGACGGGUUUCCGUGGCGAUAUGAGGGGGAGUGAGUCGCCGCCUCCGCCUCCGGCCACCACUACUGUGCCUUCGCGUCCGAGAGAGGCAUGGACAGAAGAACAAACGAUCGUACAACAACACGACGAUAGGAAUUUAGAGGAAGAUAGGCAGGACCCCGACUUGUCGGGUACACCAGCAGGCGGUGGUGCAGCUGGGGUCGUUACUGACGAGAACGGCGACGAUCACUCCGACCGCGCUAGCGCCGCUCCGAAUAAACCGGUGACACCUAGUGAUGGAACGAACGGACAACGUCGAGCCCGCCGUCAGGCGAAGAAGAGCAAAGGACCUAGAAGGGCACCCAAAGAAGGUGCUGCCACCGUGCGGGAGGCGCGAGUCGGUUGUGACACCGAGAAGGGCAGCCGGAGCGGCAAUUGUGCUUCUCUAGACCCGCCUAGAAAUGACGAAAACGCCCGCGAAGCGGAAAGAUCAGGAGGAGGAGGAGGGCGGUCAAAAGCGGCACCGAUCGAAAGCACGGUUGUUGCUUCAGAUGGAGGUCCGACGCCAGAGAGAUAUCAUUGA